GCCAAGCACUCAGUUCCAGUUUGAUUCUGUCGCGCAUCAGUCGUCUUCCAACGCGCUGUGACUGACGCCGAAGUGUUAAUUUUCAAAGUGCCCUUGGGAGCAAUUCAAACGAAUAAACAUAAAAAAAUCAACAUGGUGCCUCUUCUGAUGCUGAUAUCGCUGCUGGCCUCGGCUCUGAUAUGGGUUCUGAGCGCACUAGUGAAAAAUUUGCUCGUUUACCGAGAGCUACAACGUAAGCUGCCGAAUUUUGUGAGCACACCUACGGUCCUACUGCUGGGUAAUUCACAUCUCUUCAAGAAAGAUCCAACGCCUCCGGGUAUCUUCGCAACCUUUACACAGUUUCACCGCAUCUACGGUAAUGAUCUAAUCGUACAAGGUUUGCUUAAUCAGCCCGCGCUGCAGAUUACCUCUGCAUCGGUAGUCGAGCAGGUACUACAAGCACGAACGAUUAAAAAGUCCAUUAUCUACGAGUUUAUGCGACCCUGGCUCAAUGAGGGACUGAUAACUUCACUCGGCAAAAAGUGGGCCCAACGGAGGAAAAUCAUUACGCCGGCGUUCCAUUUCAAAAUUUUGGAGGAAUUUCUGGCAAUAUUCAACGAGAGGACAGAGGUUUUCGUGGACAAGAUUAAGGACCAGGUCGGAAAGGGGGAUUUCAACAUCUACGAGCACGUUACGCUCUGCACGCUGGAUAUCAUUUCCGAAUCGGCCAUGGGCGUGAAGCUGAACGCUCAGGAUGACCCUAACUCUUCAUACGUGCAGGCUGUCAAAGAAAUGUCGGAAAUUAUCUUCCAACGCCUGUUCAGCUUGCUGCGAACGCACAAACUUUUCUUCCAAAUGAGCGAGGCAGCUCAACGACAAAGAGCGGCGUUGAAAGUUCUGCACAAAUUCACCGAUUCCGUAAUUCUUCAACGAAAAGACCAGCUUGACGAUGAGCAAGCAAGGCAAGAAUCUAAACAGAAGCUCGAAGAGACCGACAUUUACGGAAAGCGUAAAAUGACCCUACUGGAACUACUGCUGAACGUAUCCGUAGAAGGGCAUCACCUGAGCAACUCGGAUAUUCGCGAAGAGGUGGACACCUUCAUGUUUGCUGGACACGACACAACCACAUCUUGCAUCAGCUUUUCCGCUUAUCACAUUGCCCGACAUCCUGAGGUUCAGCAGAAAUUGUACGACGAAAUGGUACAAGUUAUCGGCAAAGAUUUCAAAAACGCAGAACUCAGCUAUAGCACUCUACAAGAGCUGAAGUAUUUGGAAAUGACCAUCAAGGAAGUCCUACGGAUCCAUCCAUCCGUUCCAAUCAUUGGAAGGAAAACUACCGGCGACAUGCGAAUCGAUGGAGAAACGGUCCCAGCCGGUGUUGACAUAGCGGUUCUGAUCUACGCAAUGCACAACAACCCGGAGGUGUUCCCGGAACCGGAAAAGUUCGAUCCGGAACGCUUCAACGAGGAAAACAGUGCCAAACGGCAUCCGUACAGUUACAUUCCGUUUAGUGCGGGACCGAGAAACUGCGUUGGGCAAAAGUAUGCGCUGCUGGAGAUUAAGGUGACGCUGGUCAAGCUGCUGGGCCAUUACCGGUUGCUGCCUUGUGAGCCCGAAAAUGAGGUUAAGGUUAAGUCCGACAUAACGCUGCGUCCGGUGAAUGGAACAUUUGUGAAGAUUGUGCCACGAUAGACUGUUUUAAUAAGAAAUAAAAGUUCAUUGGCCUAUGUGUCACUUA